GUAGUUCAAUGAUGUCCUCCUCAGGACCAGGCUGGAGAUGGAUAUUUGGGAUGAUCCAUGAGCUGGGCUGAUCCAUGAGUGUCUCCAGUGAGAUCUCUGUGGAGCAUCUGCCAGUCUCUGUGCCCCUCCCCAGACCAGCCCAGGGGUGUGCAGCGCAAAGCAGCACCAAACAGCGCUCCUGGGAUGAGGAUCUGGCUGUCCUGGGAGCCAUAAAUCAACUCACAGCCAAAGCAUUGCCUGAAGGAGCCUGGCUUUCACCUCUGCUCGAUGAUUGUCCCUUCCUGGGACCUUGCUGCUGGGCUCACGCUGGUUUCUGGGACCAGGUGUGACUUCUCCUGGAUGCCUGUGGGACACCUCUGCUCUCAGCCUGGCUUUCUCCCUGCCCCAGCUUCUGUGCCAGGUGGUGAAAGAGUUUGGCCUUUGCUGCUUGCUGAGAACUGCCCAUGUGUGAAGAUAAAACAGAGGGAAUGUCACGUCCUGGCGCUGCCGUCUCCAGGAGCGGCCGAGGGGGCUGGGACAGGCUGGAGGUCAGCACGAGGAGCUCUGAUGGGCUGAGCUUAUCAACUUCACCCCUCUCAGGUGUCACAUCCACGUGUCCUGUAACACUUCCAGGGAUGGCAACUCCACCACUUCCCUGGGCAGCCUGUCCCAAUGCCAAAGUCCUUUCUGCAAGACAAGAGCCGCGUGGUGUGUCCCAGAGCCGCAGAGUAUGUCUGUGCACUGAGAGCACCCUGAGUCCUCCGCAGCCGGCGCGGGAGGAGACGCCCCGUUGAUGCGCGGUCCCGUCUGAGCGUCUCCGGUGGCUGGCGGGCCUCUGCUACCAGAAGGGCUUUGGGGGUUUUUCACCUUGGCAUUGGGGAGGGUUUUUGGGGUUUUUUUGAUUUGGGUUUUUUUUUUUUUUAUUUUUGUUUUUUUGGCUUUUUUUUUUUUUUUUUUUUUUUUUUUUAAAUUUUGGGGUUGGUUUGGUUGUUGUGAUCCGGGCACCAUGUCAAAUUCGGGCUCCCAUCAAGACACUGGGAACAAGCCAGAGACAGAAAAAAAUAACCAAGAUGACUCUCAACCCCCUGUCAACUCCGAGAGGAGGAACAAAAGUGGAAUAAUAAGUGAACCUUUGAACAAAAGUCUUAAGAAGUCCCGUCCACUCUCCCACUAUUCCACCUUUGGUAGCAGCAGCUCGGUAAGCGAACAUUCAGAGAAAGGCAACCCCUUAGCUAAUGGCAACGAUGCGACUGUGGAUAAAAGUCAUUCUACCUCAAAGCACAAAAACAUCUCUAGUAUGCUGAGCAAAUUAGACCGGAUGUCGGAGCUCUCCUCAGAAGGACAGACCGCCCUCCAACAGUUUGCUCAGUCGACAGAAAUGCUCAAAAGAGUGGUACAGGAGCAUCUUCCUCUAACAAGCGAGCACGGGACUGGUAUCUCUGACAUGGAGGCAGUCUCAGCUGCAGAGACAAUGAACGGCCCCUCUGAUUUUCCUUACCUGGGGGCUUUUCCCAUCAACCCAGGCCUUUUCAUUAUGACCCCUGCCGGCGUGUUUCUGGCAGAGAGCGCGCUCCAUAUGGCUGGCUUGGCAGAGUAUCCCAUGCAGAAUGAGUUGGCAUCUGCCAUCAAUUCGGGGAAAAAGAAACGGAAAAGAUGCGGCAUGUGCCCGCCCUGCCGAAGACGGAUAAACUGCGAGCAGUGCAGCAGUUGUAGGAAUCGCAAAACUGGCCACCAGAUUUGCAAAUUCCGAAAAUGUGAAGAACUCAAAAAGAAGCCUUCUGCAGCACUGGAGAAGGUGAUGCUUCCUACAGGAGCCGCGUUCAGAUGGUUCCAGUAGGAACGGGAAUCCCAAAGCUCUGUCAUCCAAGUGCAAUGUCACUGCUUGCUUGUGUUGUCUCAGGCAAGGGAUUUUUGGCUGAAAUGAAUGGAUGCACCUGUGUCUCUUUAGAACCAAAAAUAUUUUCUCGCAAAUCUCAUUCCUGUUUUUAUAAUUUUUUUUUUCUUUUUUUCCUUUUUUUUUUUUUUUGCGUUCGUUUUAACAUCUUCGAGUCCUAGUCAGACAUUUAACUGCUUUUCAAAUAAAAAACAAAAAAAUAAUUAAAAGAAAAAAACAAUGGAUCUGUAAAGUACCAAGACUUAAUAGACAGAGUAUGGACAAUCAGUUUCUUUCUGUGUUUUGGUGUUGAUGUUGUUUAUGUGUGAAAGAUGCAGUACUUGUGUAGGGAAUGUAAAUUUACAGUAACCUUUUAAAAUCUAGUUACUAAUAAGCACUACUGUAAUUUAGCACAGUUGUUUAAUUGCACCCUCAUUUAUACUUUUUAUUUGAUUCUUUCCCAUCAUACAAUAGAAUGGAUAGUUUCUAGAAUGCCUCAACUUCAUGUUUAUAAAUGAGAAUAUGUUUAAAAUAUGUAGUAUCCCUUCUCCUCGCCAUUCACCUCUGGAAGUUUAACCCACAAGAGGGUCGGUAUAAAAGGUGGAAGAAAACAAUUGCUACACAACUGGCGGAAUUGAAAAAAAGGAAAAAAAGAGUAAAAAAAAGGCAAAAAAAAAAAAAGUCGUUGUUAGUUUAUUAAUAUAGAACAAGAAACGCUGCGUACAGAAAAUCCUCCUAAUUGCAAUGGUUUACUCCUAGAAGUAAUUUUUGUAAACUUACAGAAGUUAAAAUCAAAAUAAAACAAAUAUUGCAGGACCUGUGCUGAAGCAGUUACGCAAAGUGAUAUUUCUCUUCUGUUCACCCCCCGUCUCUCCAGCUCUCUCUCCAUCAUUAAAUUGAAAUGCUGUUUGUAAUGUUUUAGCGAUCCAGGCUGUUUUUGUGAAUAAAAUGAAUGCAUGUUUUGUGUCAUGA